CCGCAGUUCGCUUAUCCCGUUCCUUCCCGUUGCCUUUUACGCGCGCGACGUCUGCAGCACUCAGUGAUUCAGUGAGCCCGUCCUCUCUGCACGCGCCAGGCUGCUUUUGGAUGAAGGCAGGCAAGGCAAGGCAAGGCAGGGAAGCCGGACUCUUUUUGUACCCCGGUGCUUCAAUGGCGAAACGGCGCCUGUUUCGUCCCGCUAACCCUUUGUAAAUGAAGACAUUCACGCUUUUUUACUUCUCCUCGCGACUCAUUUUCAACAAAAUGUGGGACGCGCGUUCUCAACGCGGAGACCGCGGACUUCUCUCCUCAGCUGUGGCCGCUUGACUGGAGGGGUAUCCCGGCUCCCCUUUCAUCCUCUACUCCCCGAGGAACGAGAGGAGUUUGCAUGCAAAAGGUGGUUUAUCUCUGCAAGUCAUGGAGGGACUUUACUAAAGAGGAUCCUACUUAAUUGAAAACUUUAGACCCCCCCUUAUAUUUCUUUUCCCCUUUUUAGUCAUUUUAACAUCCUCCUUAAGUCUCCUUCUCCAUCAAAAUGGCUGAGAAGAUUGGACCAGCAGGGCUCAAGCCCUCCAACAUCCGAACCGCUCCCUCCUUGCCCCCUGAACCCAUAGACAUCAUCCGCACCAAAGCCCGCUCCCGCAGGGUCCGCCUUAAUGUCGGGGGUCUUAACCAUGAGGUCUUGUGGCGGACGCUGGACCGACUACCCAGGACCCGGCUUGGCAAGCUCAGAGACUGCAACACCCACGAAUCCCUGAUGGAAGUCUGCGACGACUACAGCCUGAACGAGAACGAGUACUUCUUCGACCGGCAUCCUGGGGCCUUCACCUCCAUUCUGAACUUUUACCGCACGGGGAAGUUACACAUGAUGGAGGAGAUGUGUGCCCUUUCGUUUGGCCAGGAGUUAGACUACUGGGGCAUCGACGAGAUCUACCUGGAGUCGUGCUGCCAGGCCCGCUACCACCAGAAAAAGGAGCAGAUGAACGAGGAGCUGCGGAGAGAGGCCGAGACGAUGAGGGAGAGGGAGGGAGAGGGAGAGUUUGAUAACACCUGCUGCCCGGACAAGAGAAAGAAGCUGUGGGAUCUCCUGGAGAAGCCCAGCUCCUCGGUGGCUGCCAAGAUUCUGGCCAUCAUCUCAAUCCUGUUUAUCGUCCUCUCCACCAUCGCUCUGUCUCUCAACACCUUACCAGAGCUCCAGGUCACGGAUGAGUUUGGCCAAGCCAAUGACAACCCCCAGCUGGCCCACGUGGAGGCCGUGUGCAUCGCCUGGUUCACUAUGGAGUACCUCCUUCGCUUCCUCUCAUCUCCGAAUAAGUGGAAGUUCUUCAAAGGCCCGCUGAAUGUGAUUGACUUGUUGGCCAUUCUGCCCUACUAUGUCACCAUCUUCCUAACGGAGUCCAACAAGAGUGUACUUCAGUUCCAGAAUGUGCGCCGUGUGGUACAGAUUUUCAGGAUCAUGAGAAUACUGAGGAUCCUGAAGUUGGCCAGGCACUCCACAGGGCUCCAGUCUUUAGGCUUUACUUUGAGAAGGAGCUACAAUGAACUGGGACUGCUUAUCUUAUUUCUCGCCAUGGGCAUCAUGAUAUUUUCCAGCUUGGUUUUCUUUGCUGAGAAAGAUGAAGAUGCCACUAAAUUCACAAGUAUCCCUGCCUCAUUCUGGUGGGCAACCAUUACAAUGACAACAGUGGGCUAUGGGGACAUUUACCCGCAGACUUUACUUGGGAAAAUUGUGGGUGGGCUGUGCUGCAUCGCAGGAGUGUUGGUCAUCGCCCUUCCCAUCCCCAUCAUUGUCAACAACUUCUCUGAGUUCUACAAGGAGCAGAAGAGGCAAGAGAAAGCCAUCAAGAGGAGAGAGGCACUGGAGAGAGCCAAGAGGAAUGGCAGCAUUGUGUCAAUGAACUUAAAAGAUGCCUUUGCCCGCAGUAUGGAACUGAUGGAUGUGGUGGUAGACAAAGCAGAGGACAAACCCUCUAUGGACAACCAUCUCUCGCCAAACCGUUGGGGUAGCUUAGGCAAGCACUCCUCAGAGACUAACCUGAAAUCUCCGGAUAAAAGAAACCAAGAGUCUCUAUUGCAAAGCUCCCCUCAACGUAUUACUAUAAACACCACUGGAAGUCCAACGCGGAUAAGCAGGACCCCACAGCACCUUAACGCUCAAAAACUAGAGGAGAUGUACAACCAGAUGACCAAGUCACAGUCCUUCACCAACCUCAAUACUACAAGCUCUAUGAGCACCCUGAGCACAACUGUGACCGCCCCUGGUUCACCGAAGAAAACCCACAGCUCUGAAUUUACGUUAAGAGAGGAAGUAGAGCUGGAAAUGAAGGAGGUUAAAGCUUCCCUGCAAGACAGUUUUGCAAGCUGCUCAAGAAGAAGAAGUUCAGACUCAGGUGAGGCAGAAGCUGGGCCUGGUCAGAUAAGACACCCCAAGGCACCGCCGGCUUUAGAUCUUAGCCUGCUGAGAACCAUUGAAGAACACGGCUCUCCAGGAAUCAUACAAAAAGAUGGCCUCUAUGAAUCUAUCAACCCAGGAGACAGAUCGGAGCUCCACAUAGAGGAAGGGGAGAGUUUUAACAGUGCUGUGGAGAACAUCCAGGGCUCUCCAAGAGAGAAUAACCCUCUGGUGAAAGGUAUGAAAGCCAACAAAACCUCUGCUGAAGGCCCGCUUACACCGCCCAGCACUACCUCUCCUGGAGAUAUCAGCUCCAGCAUCCUGGAAGACGAAUCCCCAGAGGGAGAGACAUCACCACUUAUUCCAAUGGCGGAGGAGCUGUUCCCAAUUUCAGAGGAGGAGGCCUCUUCAUUGUCUCCUAAGAGGUUGGUUGUGGACACCCCACCUGGUGACGACGAUCCGUCCUCUGAGAACCAUGACGAGAAGCAUCUGAUGGAGGUGGCGGGCGCUAUAGUAGUGCCCUUGUCUCCAAAAACAGCAGCACAAAAUUGCACCCAAGGUGUGGUCGGUGCUGUUGAAGAUGCAAAGGCUGACAGCAACCAAAGUGGACACAAAGUGGAGAACCACAUGUUUACAAGCGACAUCCACCUGAUACCUGGGGAAGGCAGUCUCUCUCCGACCUUAGAAACCAGCAUGUGACUGACUCUGAGAGAAGCUAUGCGGGGACUACAGACCCACUGCAACCUCAGCCUAGGGUGUUGGAGCGCAGGAGGAAACAACAAGGGUGCAGUUGUAGUGACAGAAACUUUUGCAUGGCAUGACAAGUCCCUUCUACUUGUGUUGUUGUGUAUUGCUGAAAAGGAAACUGCAGUGCUUCAUGCAGAUUUGAGAAUGACUUCGGGCUCAAGGUGGAGGCCCUUGAGGGAAUUCAUCAACUUGUGUGGAAAUUUUGGUCCUCCAAAUGUACAUACUGACAGUCUCCUUUUUCAAGCAAGUGAAGGAAAUGCACAGAGGGACUUAUCUGUAUAAAGCAUGCAUUUAAAAGACAGAUAUUUUACGGUGCUUAGUUUGCUGAAAGCACUCCACUGUAAAUACUAGGACAUCUAAGGCAAUGACAAUGCACAGGAUGGCAAAGGAAUACCGUCUCUGAAGGUUCAAACAUUUGUAAUGUGAAAGGGACUAAGUUUGGGGUUGAAUUGAGAGCCCUUAAAGUGGGUGUUGCAUUGUAGCGACCUAUAAAAAAACAUAUCAUUACCUUCUGUGGAAAUGCAAAGUGUUCCCAUGAUGACCCUGUAAUGUUUUUUCGUGUGAAAAUUGGUGUAAAAACUGUAACGUUAACAUUAUUGCUUUUGAUUUCCAUAACAACUGUUGAACUAUCAGUUGAGCAUCAAAUGUUCAGUCAUUGAAUUAACAACAAUGGGCAAGAAGGACAAAACACCAUAAUUCCUCUAAAUACAUGUAGUUGCCAAAUACUUACAUGACCAGUAAGGACAGGAACUAUCAAACACUACCGCAACUAAAGAGAAAAUCCAUCAAGCGGUCUCAGACGUUAGGGCAAGGUUUAAGAUGUUUAGUUCCCUGUUCAGCCUUUGAAUUCCAUCUGAAUCACAAAAAUAAACCUUAUUUACUCUCCAACAUAAGAUGUAUACAUCAAAAGUAGCUUUAAGAAUAAAAUAUGAAAUAAGUAGGUCUAGACUGGUUUUAAAAGUUCUACUGUAGGUAAGUGAGAUUUCAUAAAAGACUAUUUAAAAUUCAGCACAGUAGUUCUGAUCAUCAACACACGUAUAUGCUUUAAACUAUUAUUAUCUACGUUGGUUAUUAAAAGGGAUAGAAUUUCACGAAAAAAGACGAUAUUCCUUGUGGAUCAACGGACCAAAUCAAGCACAGCGACAAGCUUUCAAAUAUCUCAGCAGCAUAGUAACAUAUACAGAGAUGACAUGUAUAAUAAGAGUAGUUUUGGUUUCUCUCUUUAUGUUUUAAGAUUUUUUUAACCUGCAUUGUGUUCACUGUCCAAUCCUCAGCACCCUGAUGUCUUUGUUGAGAUUUCUUCCAAACUACUGCAAGUUUUAUCCAAUCCUGCUGACGAGUUUAAGGCAUUUCUUUUGUAUAUCCGUAGUGUCUUGGAAUGUAAUUUAUUGUGUUUUAUUGUGAACAAAACUAUUUUCAGUCACACUUAAACCCAAAGGAGAUUUUUUUCUUGUCUUCUGUCUCGCUUUUUGUUUUUACACUGACUGAAAAUGUCUGUUUUAUGUUGCCUUUGAUUCCAAUUUUACUGCUGGAAUAUUUCUUUAUUAUUUCAGCAUGACACUUGGCUGAGUGUACUAGAGUUGUGUUUGUGAAAGCCGCACAAACCCGAACGGUACAGAGAGGAAGUAAGUGGGUGAAUUCUUUGUCGUUUGUUUUCUUGUUUCAUCUUUCUUUUUUCUUAAUAUUAUCAUGUCUUUAUGUUCUCACAGAGAGGUGUGGAAUGUGCAAUACCGCAUACUGCAAAUCUAUGCAGGCCAAGAAUUGUGGCACUUUAUUUUCUGUCUAUGGGAUUUGUAAGUGUACAGGCAGAAAUUACUUGUAUUUUUCAAAUGUUAUAUCUUUAAUAUAAGGCAAAACAGUAUUACAACUACCAGAAUCUCACUAACAAUGCAAAUGAGAAUUUGAAUUUUGCUUUUUCGUAUAAUAAGGCUGGCAUGUGCUGUCAUGCCAGAUGUUAACGGACCUCUAAUUUGGUGGGAAUAGGCAUCCAAAUUGACUACUUUUGGCCUUUUGUAUUGCUGUUAGAUUUGCAUUAUAAAAAAUCUGACACAUCUGUGGGAGAUAUUAAGAUAAUCUAAUUUCAAUGGCCACACACAAAGGAUUUUAUGUUUUUUGUGAAUUAACGUUGAGAAUGAUUCUAUUUUUUCUAAACCAAAAUGGAGCACGACCACAAUUUCCUGCCAUACGGUGGUUGAAAUGAUGCGUGCCUUUUCAUAACACUGCAGUUUAUGAGAAGGUAGCGAGUCAUUUUGCUUUGUUCAUAUAGCACUGUACAGAAAAAAUUCUAAUUUUAUAGGAGAAAUCAGGUCUUUAUGUAAUAGAUACAAGUAAUGUUAUUGAGUUCUCAGGUUUUCUAUAACUCUCUGAUUGGAUAGAUUCUCUGUUUUUCUUUAACAGCUCAAUGUCAACUAGUAACUUCUGUAACUUUUUGAAAGGUGAUGUUGUCAAAUCCACACUGAUGUCUUGGCUCCUGAGUAGGGAGCAGCAAUAUUUCUCUCUCCUCCUUGGUAAUCUGUGUACCACAUCCAGUGUCCACCCCCAUCAGUGUUCAGUGAGGCAGGAAGCAGCACAAACAGAGGGAUAGAAUUGAACAGUUAGCGUUUGAAGGCUGGAGAGAAGUGCGUGUGUCUAACUUACUACCGCUGGCUGUAUAUUAACAUGGACAGCCGUUCUCCAUCGUCUUCUGUCGCUCAAAAGUGAAGCCAAAGUAUCCCUGCAACAGGAACUGGCGUAUCUCAAUGCUGACAUAAUGUGGAGUCAGGGUAUUACCAGAUUGGAGCUGGCAGGCGCCAAUCAAAGCACAUAUUUAACCUAAGGCUUGUCAGACAAACACUCUUGCAAAGACUUGCAAAUCAGAAUUUUUAUUGCAUCCUUGUCAACAAUGUGCAUCCAGGCCUACAGGAUAGUUUCUCCUGGCAAUCGCAAGUAAAAAGGAUGAUGUAGAGGGAGAGUCCACAAUUUUUUCUUCUUUAAUUUCUUCUUUUCAAAGCACAAGACUGCUAGUUUCACACAUCUCUGUUAUAGCUAUGAUUGACUCCAUGACCCACCAACACAACGGCCUUUAAACUCACACACGGUCAUAGAGACAGCAGGUAACAUCAUGCUAGGCUGGGAUCACACCUGUAGCGUUGCUAGUCUGUCAGCCAAAAGGAGUAGAUUUUUGUUGCGUAGUCUGACAUGGUGCUAUCGUAGAAGACAAAAAAAGUAAUGUAGUCUGAUGCGGCCAUUACUGACAAAUAUGAAGGAUGCCUCAGGUUGGCACAGCCCAGAGCAGAACACAAUCGUGUCUCAGUUUUCUCCCUCCUAUCCUCAUUUAUCCCGCCAGUCAACUAAAGCAGUGGUUCUCAACUGGUCCUGCCUCAGGACCCACCAGUCUGUCCUAGGACAGAUCACAUCCCAUCCCCUCAACAACGUAUAUUUGGUUAAUUGAAUAUGUUGCACUUUGGAGCAUGAUUGGACCAAAACACCUAAAAUAAAAAAGAAAAGAGAUGAAGCUGAAAAUUUUAUACCCUCUUUCCCUGUCAUUAUUUGUCAAUUUUUGCCAAAUUUCCAGAGAACUUGUGAAAUUACUUUUUUAUUUGUUAUUAUGGGAAAAUAGCCAUUUAUUGCAAGAAAAGAAGAUCAAUUUGAUGAGAUAUUGAUCAUUUAAAUUUUCCAAAUAUCACACUAAAACGGUAAAAUAAAAGAUGCAUGUCCAAUAAGGACUUAAGGCGUUUGCCGUCAUUUUUUUUUUUAGACACCUAGUCGCAACCCACUAAAAACUGCUCCACGACCCACUUUUGGGUCCUGACCCACCAGUUGAGAACCACUGAACUAAGGCCAAAUUUAUCAAUAAAGCUGUAAUCAUGACAUUGUAUCUGCUCUUUUUAAUAUCAAAUAUCUAUUUUUUAAAAUAUGCCAAAACAUGGGCAUUAAUGAGUAUAACUACGCAACAAAAGAAUCCAGGUUUGAUAUUAAAGGUCACAUAUUUAACCCCUUUUAAGACAAGUUUAUAUCGGUCUCAGAGGUCCCCAAAACAUGCCUGUGAAGUUUGUUAUUGAAAAAAACACUCCAGUAUUGGAGUUUUGCAUGUCUAAUA